AUGCCAUUGACUCUGCAUCAGCUGAAACCACCGCCCUUUGAGCUGGAUACUAGACCCAACUACAAGGUCUUCAGUCUGUGGAGCAGUAGUUGGUUACUCCACAUUCCCUCCUACUCCCAAAACUUGAUGGCUUCUCGUCAAAGACUUGGGGAAGCCAACAUCGAUCCAGAGGCAAUCAGCUCACACCAGCUCAGUAUUGGAGCAAAGGUUGUGCAGAAUAUCAAUGAUGGAUCCAGCACCAUGAUACCAGUCAACCAUGGUCCAAAAGCAGAUGAUCUCCUGACCAUAGGUCAGAAGGUCAAUAGUAGCCUAACCCUACAUCACAGUGAGUACGUCAUUGACCUCACUUCAUCUCAUCAUGGGCGACCAGGACCAAUUGGAAUUCAAGGUCCAACAGGUCCUCAAGGAUUUGCUGGCCCUAGUGGCUUAUCAGGGUUGAAAGGAGAAAGGGGCUCCCCAGGUCCCCUGGGACCAUAUGGACCAAAAGGAGAUAAGGGUCCCAUGGGAGUUCCUGGCUUUCUUGGCAUCAAUGGGAUUCCGGGGCUUCCUGGCCAGAAAGGCUCUAAAGGUGAACCUGUCCUUGCCCAAAGUAGUUUCAAAGGAAUAAAGGGGGAGCCUGGACUGCCUGGACUGGAUGGAAUCACUGGCCCACAGGGAGCACCCGGACCUCCAGGAGCUGUAGGACCCAUGGGACUACCAGGAUUGCAAGGUCCUCCAGGUCCUCCCGGUUUCCCUGGUCCUGAUGGGAAUAUGGGGUUAGGUUUCCAAGGAGAGAAAGGAGUCAAGGGGGAUGUUGGCCGCCCAGGCCCUGCAGGACCCCCACCAUCUACUGGAGAACUGGAAUUUAUGGGAUUUCCCAAAGGGAAGAAAGGAUCCAAGGGUGAACCAGGGCUUCCAGGUUUACCAGGAAUAAGUGGCCCUCCAGGUCUCCCGGGAUUUGGAACUGCUGGAGAAAAGGGUGAAAAGGGAAUCCCUGGUUUGCCAGGACCUAGGGGUCCUAUGGGUUUAGAAGGACUCCGAGGCCUCCCAGGGAGUCAGGGCAAGAAAGGGUCCUCAGGUUUCCCUGGAUUUAAUGGAUUUCCAGGAAUUAAGGGCGAAAAGGGUGGCAUUGGCUUGCCAGGCCCAGAUGUUUACAUCGAUACGGAUGGUGCUGUGAUCUCAGGUUACCCUGGAGACCCUGGUGUGCCAGGCCUCCCAGGACUUAAAGGAGAUGAAGGCGUCCAGGGCCUGCCUGGAACUUCCGGCCUCCCUGGCUUGCCAGCUUUACCAGGUGUCCCAGGUGCCCUAGGGCACCAAGGAGUUCCAGGUCUCAAGGGGGACAAAGGAAACCCAGGCCGCACCACAGUUGGGGCAGCUGGCCCCCCUGGCAGAGGCGGUUUGCCAGGCUUACCAGGCCUAGCAGGCCCACCUGGUCGAAUAUUUGAGACUGGAACACUACAGAACACAGAGCCAGGGUUCCCUGGUCUCCGAGGAGAACGAGGUCCAAAAGGAAACCCAGGCCUCAAAGGAAUAAAAGGCGACUCGGGGUUUUGUGCUUGUGAUGGCGGUGUCCCUAACAUUGGACCACCUGGGGAGCCAGGCCUGCCUGGGUCACAAGGUCUCAUUGGCCUUCCAGGCCUUAAAGGAACCAGAGGAGAUCCAGGCACUGGGGGUACACAGGGCCCAUCAGGGACUCCAGGUUUAUUUGGACCUCGGGGUCCUGCAGGCCGCAAAGGAGAGAAAGGGGAGCCAACUCUCAGUUCAAGAUCAAGGAUGCCAGGGGAGCGGGGUGAUCCUGGCCCCCAGGGGCUCCCUGGUAAAACAGGAAUCCCAGGGAAGGAUGGAGUACCAGGCUUACCAGGUCUGCCAGGCCUCCCAGGUGAUGGUGGACAGGGCUUCCCAGGUGAGAAGGGGUUACCAGGACUUCCUGGUGAAAAGGGCCACAGUGGUCCAGCUGGUCCCCCAGGAAAUGGACUGCCGGGAUCUCCCGGACCUCGUGGGCUUCCUGGAGAUCAAGGAAUAGAUGGAUUACCAGGGAAGCAAGGCUUCCCUGGGCUUCCAGGUGACUGUUGCUGCAGGGAGAGCAUUGGUAAAGGAAGCUUAGACACAGAAGGAGGGGUCACCUUGCCGUGUAUAAUUCCUGGAUCAUAUGGUCCAUCAGGCUUACCAGGAGCUCCCGGAUUCCCAGGUCCUAAGGGGGCCCGUGGCCUCCCUGGGAUUGCAGGCCAUCCUGGAUUGCGUGGAAAUAAAGGAAAGGCUGGAAGUCCAGGAUUAGUUCACCUUCCUGAACUGCCAGGAUUUCCUGGACCUCAUGGGGAGAAGGGCUUGCCUGGGUUUCCUGGGCUCCCUGGAAAAGAUGGCUUGCCUGGGAAAAUUGGCAGUCCAGGUUUACCAGGUUCCAAAGGAGCCUCUGGUGACAUCUAUGGUGCUGAAAAUGGUGCUCCGGGGGAGCAAGGCCUACAGGGAUUGCCAGGGGACCAAGGAUUUCCUGGAGACCCUGGCCUUCCAGGACCCAAGGGUCUGCCUGGGAAGUCAGGCUUGCUGGGCCCCAAAGGUGAACGGGGCAGGCCUGGAACACCAGGCCACGUGGGACAGCCAGGGUCCCCAGGGCCUGAUGGCCGAUUCGGCAUCAAGGGCAAACCCGGGUUCCCAGGAGCACCAGGCUUUCCAGGCCCUUCAGGACAUCCUGGAAAGAAAGGUUUAAGAGGUGAGACAGGUCCCCCUGCAUCAGCUGGAAAGAGAGGCCUGCCUGGGUUGAAAGGCCUUCCAGGAUCUCCAGGGCUGAUUGGCUUCUUGGGGAACUCAGGCUUGCCAGGGAGCACUGGGUUGCCAGGCCUGCCGGGUCCAAAGGGUGAGAAGGGAUCUGCUGGGCUGGUAGGUUUUCCAGGGAUACCAGGUCUCCCUGGUAUUCCUGGUGCAAGUGGAUUAAAGGGCAUUUCUGGGUCAGCCGGAAAGGUGGGACCAUCUGGACGGGCUGGUAGUGCUGGUAAAAAAGGAGACAGAGGUGACCCAGGGCCAGCUGGAAUCCCCAGUCCACAACCUCCAAUCCUGAACCUGCAGCUGAAAGGAGACAAAGGCUCUAGAGGCUCAGCUGGAUCUGACGGAUUUCCUGGGCCCAGAGGUGACAAAGGAGAGGCUGGCCCCCCAGGGCCACCAGGCUUGCCUGGAGUUCCCGGCCUCCCCAGUAUCAUCAAGGGACUUAAUGGGAAACCAGGCCCCCCUGGCUCCAUUGGAUUACGGGGCUUACCCGGCCUUAAAGGGUCCCCUGGAAUCACAGGUUUCCCAGGAAUACCAGGAGCAAGUGGUUCACAGGGUCUCAGUGGAGCUCCUGGACUCCCAGGAGCAUCUGGUCUCCCAGGUUCAAAAGGAGAUCAAGGCCAGACCCUUGGAAUUUCCGGUAGCCUGGGACUCAAGGGACAACCUGGGGCAUCUGGGUUUAAAGGUGUGAAAGGAAAAGAUGGACUAGCUGGUGACGUGGGUUUCCCAGGAAGCAAAGGUGAAGAUGGCAAAGUUGGUAUUUCUGGAGAUGUUGGCCUUCCUGGCUCCCCAGGACUCCCUGGGAUUGCAGGCAUGAGAGGAAAUCCAGGGCUACCGGGUUCUGCAGGCCAUCCAGGGGCCACUGGGCCCCUGGGAGCCCCUGGCCUAAUAGGAACCAAAGGUUUCCCUGGACUUCCUGGUUUACAUGGACUGAAUGGGCUUCCAGGAACCAAGGGAACCCAUGGAACUCCAGGACCUAGUAUAACCGGUGUGCCUGGGCCAGCUGGCCUGCCUGGUCCCAAAGGGGAAAAAGGUUCUCCAGGAAUUGGCAUCGGAGCCCCAGGGAAGCCAGGAGUGAAAGGACAGAGAGGUGGUCGAGGUUUCCCAGGCUUCCAGGGACCUGCUGGUCUGCCCGGUGCCCCAGGCCUCUCCUUGCCUUCAGUCAUAGGAGGACAGCCUGGCGAACCCGGGCGACCAGGCCUAGAUGGAGAGCGAGGCCGCCCAGGCCCUCCAGGGCCCCCAGGGCCCCCUGGGCUAUCCUCUGAUCAAGGUGACCCUGGAGACCCUGGCUUCCCUGGAAUUCCUGGCCGUCAAGGGCCCAAGGGAGACCAAGGAAUUCCAGGUUUCUCUGGCCUUCCUGGAGAGCUAGGACUGAAAGGCAUGAGAGGUGAGCCUGGCUUCAUGGGGAUUCCAGGCAAGGUUGGGCCACCUGGAGACCCAGGACUUCCCGGGAUGAAGGGGAAGGCAGGGCCAAGAGGCUUUUCCGGACCCCGGGGUGCUCCUGGACAAACACCAAUUGCAGAAGCUGUCCAGGUUCCUCCUGGACCCAUGGGUCAACCGGGCAUGGAUGGCAUCCCUGGCCUCACGGGAGACCCUGGGGUUCAAGGCCCUGUAGGCCUACAAGGCUCCAAAGGAUUACCUGGCAUCCCUGGAAAAGAUGGUCUCAACGGACUCAUUGGCCCACCUGGGCCUCUUGGUGAUCCUGGUCUCCCUGGACUGCAAGGCCCUCCAGGACUCGAAGGAGCUCCAGGGAAGAAGGGUCCCUUCGGGACGGCUGGAAUGCCUGGGCAGAGCGCGAGAGUGGGUUACACGUUGGUGAAGCACAGCCAGUCGGAACAGGUGCCCCUGUGUCCCGUCGGGAUGAGCCAGCUGUGGGUGGGUUACAGCUUGCUGUUCGUGGAGGGGCAGGAGAAAGCCCACAACCAGGACCUGGGAUUUGCUGGCUCCUGCCUGCCCCGCUUCAGUACCAUGCCUUUCAUCUAUUGCAACAUCAACGAAGUGUGCCACUAUGCUGGGCGCAAUGAUAAAUCCUACUGGCUGUCCACCACCGCCCCCAUUCCCAUGAUGCCCGUCGGCCAGACCCAGAUUCCCCAGUACAUCAGCCGCUGUUCUGUGUGUGAGGCACCCUCACAAGCCAUUGCUGUGCACAGCCAGGACAUCACCAUCCCGCAGUGCCCCCUGGGCUGGCGCAGCCUCUGGAUUGGGUACUCCUUCCUCAUGCACACUGCUGCUGGCGCCGAGGGUGGGGGCCAGUCCCUGGUCUCACCCGGCUCCUGCCUGGAGGAUUUUCGUGCCACUCCUUUCAUCGAGUGCAGUGGGGCCCGGGGCACCUGCCACUACUUUGCCAACAAGUACAGUUUCUGGCUGACAACAGUGGAAGAGAGGCAGCAGUUUAGGGAGGAACCUGUAUCUGAAACACUGAAGGCUGGGCAGCUCCAUACCCGGGUCAGCCGCUGCCAGGUGUGUAUGAAAAGCCUGUAG